AUGGUAUCUAUUUGGAUUGACUUCUCCGCUGCCAACUGUUCUGAGCUGUCGCUUUCCCUUUGGAAUGCAGUUGGGAAGGCUCUCUCGUUCUUAGAACGUGAAACAAAAUCGCUGGCAGAAAUUAGUGAUGCGGGAUCAGAGACUGUGCCAAUUGCUUCUCCAGAAGAAGCAACACGAGACGAUACUAUUGCUGAAAACUGGUUGGAGUGUAUAUUUGAACAAUGGUCUAAGGGAAUCGAGUUUUUGCUCCGAUUGUUAUCAAAUGCUAGGACUAUGACUCAGUGCAAUGAAAGUAUUGCUAAUGUGUUUGAAAAGGUCGAAAAUUUGUCAAAUACCAAAAUUGUCGGCUAUCUCCAGAACACCUACAUUUCUCUUUGCCGUCGGAAACUUAUUGGGGCUGACCUCCAGACUGAGCUUCUUCAAGGAGUUUUAACGAAGCAAGGACAGCAAAAGUCUGUACUUCUGCGCACGAUCAUAAAUGGAAGCACUGGUGACGCUCUAUCUCAGCUAGUUGCAUAUGAUAAAGACUGUACUUGGUCACUUGAUCUGGAAACUCUGGGUAAGACAUCGUACGAAUGGCUGGGAGUAAUUAAGUCUCUCGCUGAAUUUUCUCUUCGUCAUCCUUCACAAUCGUUUUUGUCUGGCACGUACUCUCUACUAAUAUCCGACCACUUUGGUGGAUUCGGAGAAAACCUUGAUCUAGUCGUACUCCUGUUUAUUAUGCGUCAUUUGCCUCGGCUUAAUUCGGAGCAAGGUCAGCGUGAUAUACAGGUGAUUGCCAAGAGUUUUAACAAGCAGUUCCCUGGUGUGGAAACAUCGCUUAAGCAAUUUGUUCAUCCUGAAAACGUAUCGAAAUUAGCUGUGCGGGCUGUCAAAUUGUUUAUCAAUUUGCUACAUGAGGGAAAAUGGCAGCCGUACGUCCAGAGCUUUAUACUCACCGUACUUAUCAUUGAAUCCACAAGCAAUAGACUUGGUGCGGAUCUUUUUGAAGCGUUCACAACUCUACUUUACAAUAUCGAUAUUCAUGAAGUUGAUCCUCUACUUGUGAAGACCUCUAUGCACCAGCGUUCUUUCUCUCAUUCCAGUAAGGAAGCCUGCAUUGCUUUGCAAUCCGUUGGUGGAAUCGAUCGUCUUCAUUGUGUGCUGUCGAUCUUUCGGAACAAAGCGUUCUUCGAUCUGCAUCCAGGUUUCGCAGAGCAGUGCCGUCAAGCUGUUACUGAGGACGUUUUGUCGAGGCUGAUCGCGGACAACAACGCACCACAGAAAAGCAUGGAGUGGCAACACUUCUACUCCAUGAAGUCCAAGAGCAAUGGAAAAACAGGUCCUUCCUAUCCUGUAAUGUUGAAGAACCCAUUCACUAUUCACUACAUUUUUAGAUCGGAUAAGGAAUCAGUAAACCUAAAACAAAUCCAGUGGAUGUUGGAAACAGAGAACACAGCGCAAGUUCGAUUCUGUUACCUUUCUGAAACUCUUCUUCUCGGCGCUACCAGUGCUCAACCUAUUCAGAUAUUUGAGAGAAAGCCCGUGCUGGACAUUUUUUGUUCUUUCUACGAAGCGGUUUUAUCGAAUGAAAACAUUCGACCGUCAUGGAUCGAGUUGCACAACAGUAGUGGUUUUCACGAGUCAACGUACUUUGAUGCUCAGGGUCAUUGUGCCAUUCUGGCUGACACUCUUGACAGAUGUGCUUCGCGAGAAUUUCUCCCGCAACAUAUUUGUCUUACACCGGCUUUCGUAAAUGUUGACGCUGAAGUGAUGCAUUGUGCUAUGCGUGAUUGCGUCGGAGCUAUAUUGAGACCCUCGCUUAUCGACGAAUUGCAUGAAUUCUAUGCGAUUACGGUGCAGUCAACUGAUCGUUCAGCUCAAACAGCGCUGAAUUGGGAAGGAAAACAGCGAGUGUUUUUAUCAGAGUCAGAGCGGCAAACUCAUCUACAUGGUUCGGGCCCACUUGGAAGAUGUCAAGAUGUUUUUCACGAGAUUCUGACUGUGAUUUGUAAUUAUGCAGAUGUGGAGACACACGUUGAGGUUUUGCGUCAUUGUGCGGAAAACUUGACUUCUUGGAUUGUGGUUUCCACAGAAGAAGAAAAUGUGUUGCGUGGACAAAGUUUACUGAUGAAUGAGAACCGACUAGUAUUCCGUUUGAUAGUCGUGUCCAACCUACUCGAGUACUGUUCUCAACUCGGUAAACAUACGGAACCAUAUCAGGACGAUGUUUACUUCAGUGAUUGCGAAGCUUUGAAGAAUGUCGUUACUCGUCGUGGAGGACCAACUGCCCUACCUACCGUUGAGCGUCGAGUAGAGGAGUCUCGGUCUGUUAAUAGUAUUCCUUUGUGCACAUAUGCGGCCACCGAAAAGGAAUUCGUGCAUCAACAUUGGUACAAUUGUCACACAUGUAAAAUGACCGACAACAAAGGAGUGUGUAGCGUAUGUGCGGUGAACUGUCAUCGUGGACAUGAUCUUUCGUAUAGAGAGGCUUUCCUUCUCAACAUGCUGCAAAUUAUUCGCUUCAGUAAACAAGGAUCGUUCUUUUGUGACUGUGGCGCCAAUGGAUGUUCUGCUUUGACAGCAACGAUCUAUCAGAAUUCUGCAAUAAGUGCUGCUCGGGGAAGAACUCUUCCAGCUGUUCAUACGGGCCUAGUUCGCAAUUGUAUUGAAAGUCGAGUUGAAGUGAUUGAACGGAUUAUUCGAGCCUCAUUGCAUGCCUGUGAUUCACGGUGGUCGCUUGACCAGCGCCGUGAUAACGUGCGACAGUCACUUGCUGAUCACCAACGUUUACGUGUGGUUUAUGAUCAAGCCGUAAUGUUCAUGCGUUUACACCUUUUUCCAAUGCUUUAUUCAGAAAAUGGAUGUCAUUUGUGGUUUAUACUAGCUGAACACGCAACUACACUGCAGAUAUUUCACGUGCAUCCUGGACAAAGCUUACUUGACGAAUUGGAGCACAUGAGAAUUGAUUCCGAGCCAGUUGGCUUUGCUGGCCGCCAAAUUGCCUGCCGUGGUGAUAAAGUGGCAGUAGCUGGCUUAAGUGACAUACUAACUCUUCGUUUGAAUAGGGAAGGCGAGAUCGUUGAUCGCAUGGUUAUUAAACUUGGUGAAAUCACCACUACACAUAACAACUCAAUAAUGAAGGUUCUAUGGGCACAAAGUCGUCCAGCACUUUUGGCAGUUGCCACUAUUCAGCUUGUUCGCAUUUACGAUCUCUUACUGGAUGCAGAUAACUUUGUGGAAGAGCUAGUACUACCAGUAGGUACGUUGUGA